AUGCUAAGACAAUUAUUAGGAAGAAGACUGCCCGUGGUAGUUACUAGAGGAACAACACAGAGCUCAAGAUUAUAUUCCCAAACAGCGGCUUUACCUAGUGCACAUACGCAACCUAAUCUAAAAAAGAAGAAGGUAAAAUAUGACCGCUCCGUUUUGAAACCUAUCUUAUUAAUACUAGCCUUUGGAUCUCUGUUAAGCGCUGUGUCUGAUAAAGAAAGAGAAUAUAACGAAUUAGAGAGGAGGUAUCAAUUGAAAAUAAAGAUCUUAGAAGAAUUGAUAGAGAGAGUAGAAAGUGGUGAUACUGACUUCCGGAUAGAUGAAGAAUUGAAACAUGUUAAUAGAUUGUUUCUCAAUAGUAAUAAGUCGGUGUUUUUAAAUGACGUGAAAAGAUUACGAGAGGAGGAGAAAGCUGCCCCAGGAAAGGGCUUUGUUAAUACAGUCGUAAAUGAGAAGGAAGAAACUCUUGAUGAUGUAUUGAAAAGUAUAAUGGAUGAAAUUAAUGAUGCGACAGUAGAAGGCGGUGAUAAAAGUAACUACCUUUCAAGGGAGCAUGAAGUGAAUACUAAUGAAGAAAUAAUCAAAAAUAAAUACAGGUUAGAAAAGCUCAAGGAAAAGGAGAAAAAGAUAUUGGAAUAUAUUCCAGAAACGAAAACACAUAUAAUGACAGAAAACGUUGGUGAUUUCACAGAUGCUGCCAAAGAUAAUGAUAUUCCUAAAUUUUUGUAA